GCAGGCGUCGACGUCGUUCAAAAUGGGUAAAAGUAAGAAAGGAAGGAAAUUUGCCGUUAUGAAAAGAAUGAUUUCACCGAAGGACAUGAGACUAAAACAGAACCAAGAAAGAGCUAAGAAAGCGGAGAAGAAGGCGAAAGAGCAGCAAGUUCGGAACGUGCCUCAAGUACCCUCUGCAUUAUUUUUCACGUACAACACGCAGCUUGGUCCUCCAUUCUAUGUGAUAGUCGACACUAACUUCAUCAACUUCUCUAUCAAGAACAAACUGGAUGUCUUCCAGUCAAUGAUGGAUUGUCUGUAUGCCAAAUGCAUCCCAUGCAUUACUGACUGUGUAAUGGGAGAACUAGAGAAGCUUGGUCCGAAGUUUCGAGUUGCUCUAAGGAUUGCCAAAGAUCCUCGAUUUGAGAUGCUACCGUGCAUGCACAAAGGAACGUAUGCAGACGAUUGCAUUGUGAACAGAGUUACAGAGCACAAGUGCUAUAUUGUAGCAACUUGCGAUCGUGAUUUGAAGAGGAGAAUACGGAAGAUUCCCGGAGUUCCUAUUAUGUAUAUCGCACAACAUAGGUACAGUAUAGAGAGAAUGCCCGAUGCUUAUGGAGCUCCAAGACAGUAAGAGGUGUCUGUAGGAUAAACUAACAACGCAAGGUGUGAAUGGAAUGUGACAGAGAGGACUUUGAUUCAGUAAUGCAAGUCAUGUCAUUACAUUUUUGCUUGAAGCUAUAUGAGUUCUAAUAGAGCGUCUAAAAGUUGUUGUACGUGUUGUUAUAUUUUAAAAUAUAAUUGAACAAUAACA